GUUUUUGUGUCUGAUGUUUGAAUAAAUAUUUUGGUAUUUAUUUAAAGUGUAAAUUGUUCUUUGGACAUGGCUUCAGACAAAACCGACGCCUCGUCUAAGACGGCGAGUGCCAGUGAAGGCCAAACUGCGGAACCGACUAUCAAACAAAAUCCUGAAGACUCAAAAAGAACCACGAGUUGGCCAGCAGUGCUUUUUUUCUUAUACAUUCACGUUUUGGGAAUUUACGGAGUGGCUGCGAUUUUUAAGGCAAAACUUUUGACGAAUUUAUUCGGUUUACUUUUAUUAAGUUUAGGCGUUUUGGGAUCGACUUGUGGUGCCCAUAGACUUUGGACACAUAAAUCUUAUACUGCAAAUAAAAGUCUUAGAAUUUUUUUGAUGCUUUGUCAGACUUUGGCGGGAACUGGAAGUAUCUACAGUUGGGUUCGUUCCCACAGGCUACAUCAUGCAACUUUAGACACCGACAAGGACCCUUUUUACAGCAACAAGGACCUUUUUAAGUCCCAAAUCGUCCACCAGCUCCAGGGCUACAGCCCGGAGCAGGAAAGGCUGCUGGAGCAGCAGGACAUGAGCGAUUUGGAGAAGGACAAGGUGGUCAUGUUCCAGAAAUCGUUCUACUGGCCAAUGUACAUAAUCCUAACACUUUUGCUGCCAAUCAAUGCUCCGAUGGAAUACUGGGGCGAAAAUUUUGUCAACAGUUUCUUCAUAAUUGGAUGCACAAGAUACCUUUUGGCCCUUCAUGCAUCCUGGUUGAUAAAUUCUGCAAGGCAUGUUUGGGGAAUUAAACGAGGAGAAAGGUAUCCUUCAGACAGCAACAUGAUUUUCUUCAUCACAAAAUCCUACUGGCCAAGUUACCACUAUAUGCUACCAUGGGAUUAUCAAUCUGGAGAAUAUGGAACUUAUGGCUCCGGUUGCUCCACCGCCUUCAUCAGAGUUUUUGCAGCUUUGGGAUUGGCCACGAAUUUACGAACUAUGGAUUCUGCUUCUGUGAAGAAGGCUUUGGCGAAUUCUGUAGAUACUGGUAAACCAAUAGAGCAGUGCUUGGAAGAAGUCGGUUCUAAGGCCCAACAAAAAUUUCAUCCUGAACACUAUUUGGACGCCGUCAAGUAUACAUCAUAAUUUUUACUCAUUUCUUUUCUAAAAAAAUUAACAAAAAUAGUUUAAAUAAAUUAAGAACAAAUU